CACCGCGAGAAAAGUAGAACAUUACUCUUGAUCAGCGGCGCAACAACGAAGUUCCGAUAUAAAGUCACUUAUUGCUGUAUAGAACGGUCGCUUAUUUCACUUGUCAUGAAGAAUCAUUUUUCUUCGUUCCUCUUCGGGUUCAUUGUCCUAGCAUCUUUCCUGGCUGGCAAUGUGACCUGUGAGACAAAGUUGAAACAGGCAUCAUUCCUGAGCAAGGGUUUGAAUUCAAACUUACGAGGUCCAGGCGACAUUGAAAUUCGACCACUUUCUGCUCUGAGUGAACCAACUUUCACCUGUCCAAGUUCUGAAGGAUUCUUCCCCAUUCCAAACACCUGUGGGCCUGAUUUUUACGUUUGCAUUCUUGGAUCUCCAUACGUUUCGACUUGUCCUAAUGGAACGAUUUUCGAUCCCGUGACGAAAUUGUGCACACCCAUUCAGUGGGCCAGUUGCACACCCUUCACCUGUCCUGCUCCUGAUGGUUUUUUCCCCAUACCAGGCGCUUGCUCGAAUUCAUAUUACACUUGUGUCGGAAAUGUGGCCUAUCUACAGAAAUGCCCUGGAACUUCAAUUUUCGAUCCAGUACUGUAUAGCUGCGUAUCUGAGUCCACUGCUUCUUGCAAAGUCGCAACCACGACGACGGCAAAAACUACGACAACAACCCGCACAACAACAACGCCGACCACGACGACUACACCAACAACUACAACUACACGGACGACCACAACCCCAACAACCACGACUACACCAACGACCACAACACCAACAACCACGACUACACGAACGACAACCACAACAACUCCAAGGACGACCACGACUAAGCCAUCCACAACAACAACGGUGGGACCUUUCAAAUGUACGCAAGAGUACGGCUAUUAUCCCGUCCCAGGUGUCAGCUGCAGCACACAAUAUUACAUGUGCUCAAAUGCCAUUGCAUACCUUAUGACUUGCGCUUCGCCCACUUAUUACAACCCGUCCAUCCAGACAUGCGACUGGAAAGAAAAUGUUGCCGGUUGCCAGUAACGAUGACGAAGAGUUUCCGCUAGUUUGGCACUAUAUAUAAAGCCAGGAACCAGGAGUAGAUUGCAUACAACCAAUAAUGCUGCUAGAGCAGCAUUAUCUUUUACAUUUUCUAUUGUUUAAUCUUAAAAUGUUAUCCUAGUAGCCUAAUAGACGUUAUAGAAGAAUCA